UCUUUGCCCUCCCCAGACGGUUGCUGUGCCGGGGUUUCUGCCUGUCGUUCGCGUCGUCCGUGAGUUCUCUCGGCGACCGCGGGGGACACGCUGCAGAGGGCUACUUGGAGAAGGGUGCGAGACGGAAGCAGCGCUGUUUCUCCGUUUCCCUCCUCCCGUCUUUCAUUUUUGGCGGGCGGGUAGGAGAGUUUCUGCCAUGACUACAUAUAUCGGCGCUGAGUGAGCGCGCAUUCCCGAGCUGCUGCUGCUGCCGCCGCCUCUGGACACCAUGAGGAGACUGGCGCAGGUUUUUUUCACGUUUCUGCUGUACCUCGGCAAGAUAAAAGUCACUGCUGCAUGUGGUAACGAAUGCAGUUCUGUAAACAAUGUAACAGUAACAGAAACAACAAUAAGCAUCCAGUCACCUGACAACUUUGCAAUAUGGAAUGCAACUUUUCAAUCAAAUGUGCAUCUGUCUGGGAACGAUUCAAUAUCUGGGCUUUAUCCCGGUGUUCAGUAUAUAGUUUAUUUCAAUAAUUCUAAUGAAACUUGCUGCAAAUACAUUUUUACAAAGCCCAGUCCAGUUUAUGAUAUUAAAGUUGAAAACAUCAGUACUACAUCCCUGGAUUUACAUUGGAAUAAUAGUGAUACAAAUGCAUCUAAUUACACUUAUCGAAUACAAUUUGGUGGACCUGAUCAUUUUCGCAAUACAACUUCUAAUACUACUAAUGUGUCAAUUCAUCGCUUGGAACCUGGAACGUUAUACAGGUUUGAAAUAUAUGCACAAGUUGGUGUCAAUAAAACUGAAGGAUUUCCAAACGAAACAAGUGUUUAUACAAAGCCCAGUCCAGUUUAUGAUAUUAAAGUUGAAAACAUCAGUACUACAUCCCUGGAUUUAUAUUGGAAUAAUAAUGAUACAGAUGCAUCUAAUUACACUUAUCGAAUACAAUUUGGUGGACCUGAUCAUUUUCGCAAUACAACUUCUAAUACUACUAAUGUGUCAAUUCAUCACUUGGAACCUGGAACGUUAUACAGGUUUGAAAUAUAUUCACAAGUUGGUGUCAAUAAAACUGAAGGAUUUCCAAACGAAACAAGUGUUUAUACAAAGCCCAGUCCAGUUUAUGAUAUUAAAGUUGAAAACAUCAGUACUACAUCCCUGGAUUUACAUUGGAAUAAUAGUGAUACAAAUGCAUCUAAUUACACUUAUCGAAUACAUAUUGGUGGACCUGAUCAUUUUCGCAAUACAACUUCUAAUACUACUAAUGUGUCAAUUCAUCGCUUGGAACCUGGAACGUUAUACAGGUUUGAAAUAUAUGCACAAGUCGAUGGUAAUAAAACUGAAGGGGAUCCAAGUGCAAUAAAUGUUUAUACAAAGCCCAGUCCAGUUUAUGAUAUUAAAGUUGAAAACAUCAGUACUACAUCCCUGGAUUUAUAUUGGAAUAAUAGUGAUACAGAUGCAUCUAAUUACACUUAUCGAAUACAAUUUGGUGGACCUGAUCAUUUUCGCAAUACAACUUCUAAUACUACUAAUGUGUCAAUUCAUCGUUUGGAACCUGGAACGUUAUACAGGUUUGAAAUAUAUGCACAAGUCGAUGGUAAUAAAACUGAAGGGGAUCCAAGUGCAAUAAAUGUUUAUACAAAGCCCAGUCCAGUUUAUGAUAUUAAAGUUGAAAACAUCAGUACUACAUCCCUGGAUUUAUAUUGGAAUAAUAAUGAUACAGAUGCAUCUAAUUACACUUAUCGAAUACAAUUUGGUGGACCUGAUCAUUUUCGCAAUACAACUUCUAAUACUACUAAUGUGUCAAUUCAUCACUUGGAACCUGGAACGUUAUACAGGUUUGAAAUAUAUUCACAAGUUGGUGUCAAUAAAACUGAAGGAUUUCCAAACGAAACAAGUGUUUAUACAAAGCCUAGCUCAGUCCUCAACAUCACAAUUAUAGAUGUCAGUACAACCGUGGUCAACGUAUCAUGGAAAAGUCCUGAUAGAGCUUCUUCUACAUACUCUUAUAGGAUACUCAUCAAUGGAGAAUCUGAUAAAAUAUCCCCAACUACCAGCACUGAAAUUUCAGAGCUAAAUCCUGGUAGUGAAUAUACAUUCAGCAUAUAUUCCAUAGCAGCAGAUAACAAGACCAAAGGAACACUCAGGAGUAUAAUUCAUUGUACAAAUCCAGCAUCAGUGGAUAAAUUGGACUGUAAUCCAGUAGCGAAACAGCCAGAAUUACUUCUAAACUGGAGUAGUCCAAAAGGAGUUUAUGAAGGCUUCAAAAUUGAGGUCCUAAAUAUUUGGAACAAGACCUUGAAGAAAGAAUAUCAAACCACAGUGACAGACCUGGCUUACUUUACCACUUACACCAUUAGAAUUGUCACCCUUUCAUGUGGGAAAGUGAGCUUUCCUCAGGAAGAAACGUGUCUCACAAGUAUCACUAAUCCCCCACCUUUGCACAAAUCCCCUACUGUCGUGGCAACCAGCCACAAUUCUUUAAAUGUUCAGUUCAGUAGUUUUAAUUCAAGUCAUGGACCUAUAAAAGCGUAUGCAGUAAUUAUUACCACACCAGAAGGUACAGUCUCCAAUGAGUCUUUAAAGUACACAUAUAAUGAUUUCAGCAGUCAGAAAACAAAAACUUACGUUGCAUAUGUCAAAACUGAACAAAAGCGUUCGUCUUCUUCCACCAACAAUCAGGACUAUGAUGUUGAAAUAGGAAGUGAAUCUACAACAUACGGUUAUUUUAAUGGAAAAUUAGAUCCUCUUGCUUCAUACAGGGCAUGUGUGGCUGCUUUCACUCAGAUUGUAUUCUUGAAUGAGACCAUUGUCAACGCAGAGAAGAGUUAUGUCUCAUUUUCACCUCUUUCACCAUCUGUUAUCUUACCUCAGAAUCCAGCUGUCAUUACAGGAGCUGUUGUUGGAUGCAUUCUAGUUCUCAUAGUUAUUGUUGCAGUAGUGGCAUUCAUCUUCUGGAGAAAGAAAAGGAAAGGUGGAAAUAACGAAGUGCCAUUUACUCCAAUUGAGUCAAAGUUACUGAAAGUUGAAAAUUAUGAAUCUUAUUUUAAGAAACAGAAAGCUGACUCGAACUGUGGGUUUGCUGAAGAGUAUGAGGAUCUCCGGGUAGUUGGUGCUAAUCAGCCUAAAUUUGCUGCUGAAUUGCCAGAAAACAAAGGAAAAAACAGAUAUAACAAUGUUUUGCCUUAUGAUAUUUCUCGUGUUAAACUUUCAGUUCAAAAUCAUCCAGUUGAUGAUUAUAUUAAUGCAAAUUAUAUGCCUGGGUAUAACUCCAAGAAAGAGUUCAUUGCUGCGCAAGGCCCUUUGCCUAACACUGUGCAUGAUUUCUGGCGCAUGAUCUGGGAGAAGAAGAUUUACACAGUUGUUAUGUUGACGAAAUGCAUUGAACAAGGCCGGACAAAAUGUGAAGGGUAUUGGCCAAACAAACAGUCCAUGAACUAUGGGGACAUAAUAGUGGCCAUGACUUCAGAAAUUGUCCUUCCAGAGUGGACAAUAAGAGAUUUCUCCAUGGAGCAAGGUGGUUCACCAGAGAGUCAUCCUGUGCGUCAGUUUCACUUCACUGCCUGGCCUGAUCACGGGGUUCCAGAAACCACUGACCUCCUCAUUAGCUUCAGGUACUUGGUUCAUGAAUUCAUGAAGCAGAAGCCACCAUCUUCUCCAACCUUAGUUCACUGCAGUGCUGGUGUUGGGAGGACAGGAACUUUCAUUGCAAUUGACCAUUUGAUCCAGCAAAUGGAGAUGGAGAACACAGUCGACGUGUAUGGCAUCGUAUAUGAUCUACGAAUGCAUCGAUCUUUAAUGGUACAAACAGAGGACCAGUAUGUCUUCCUAAACCACUGCGUUAUGGACAUUAUUAAAUCUAAGAAAGAGAAGAAAGCGGAUCUCAUCUAUCAGAACACAAAUGCCAUGGCAAUCUAUGAGAACUUCACACCAUCACCAUAUAUUGGGAGGGCAAAUGGCUAUCAUGUAUAACUACAAAGGAAUGACAUGCUUCGCAUUUGGGCCUUUUGCAGAGGAGGUGGAAUAUGCACUGCUUUUGUAUGACUUCAUGUACAAAGACUUCAGAACCUGUUUUGAAGAUGCACAUGUUCAAUUGCCAGUGGAAACUCUGGUUUUGAUAUAGUGUGAAAAGAAAAAAAACUCUAUACUGUAUUUUGCAGAGAAUUUUUGCAUUGAGGGUUGAUAAAGCAAAGUAUUAUUGGUGAAAUUAAUGUUGGCUGAAUAAGAAGAUCCUUUUUAAAACUUCAAAAGAGUGAAAAACAGACACUUUUAAUCUUUUUUUAAAUGUUCAUGUUCAGACUUCACAGGAUACUGAUUCUAUUGUUCCUGUUCCAGAAACAUUAAUGAUGUACAGUAUAUUGGUCACUUUAACAUUUAAGUUCAACAGUGGCUGCUCAAAUUCAUUUUAUUUAAAAUGGGAACACAUAAACCUUUUAUAAAUAGGAUAUUUUAUUAUGUAAUUGUGCCUUUCUAUUUUGCUAAAGACAAAAUAAUCAGAGAUCUAUAUUUUUGUAUUGAAAUUCUCAGAUGAAAUCUAACAUUUGAAUAUGAUUAUUUCCAAUUUCUUAUCUGGAAUACUUAUGCUUAUUCCUUCCUUAUGGAAGUUGCAACCAUUCAUUUAUAUGAUGCUUUAUUCUGCAGAAACUUUAUUGCAGAAUUAAUUUACUUGAUCAUGUGAGCACAAUAGCUAUCAUGUCAUAUUUUGGUUUUGUAAGAAGGACAAGGCUUUCUUAUAUGGGUAAAUUAAAAUUCAUCCAGUUUUAUUUUCAUGUAUUGAAAAUAUUCCCACUUUUCUAAAAUUUUUGGUGUUACAAGCAUAUUCAUAUUCUUUCCAUGCCCUUUGAAGACCCUGGCUGAUCUAUUUCUCAGUACCAUUUUCUUCUUUGAUCUCAGUCUUAGUUGCCCUUAUUAUAAUGACCAUCAGAUUUCAUCUGAUGUCAUACUUUGGAUGCUUAGCAAUUCUUGUGAAUUGCGAUUGUCCUUACUGUUGUCAAAUAUGAUCAACAAUGUGAAAGAAAAUGGUGAUAAGAAAUAGCAGCCGCUUAAGAGGGAAAAGGGAGUCAAGCUCUUACUUUGUGGAAUAUGCUAAUUUCAAGGUAAAUAUCAAAAUAAGGGAUGUCCAAGUUUCAAUACUUGUGACUGCAGGUUUAACUAUUAGGGCUGUGCAACUAAUAAUGCAAAUAUAGGGAGAGUGGGUGUGUUGAGUGACAACUCUAACUUCCUAUCAAAUUUAAUGCUUUUAUCAAAGUUUUCAAAGCAUAGUUCUUCAGGGCAAGGUUUUUAAGUAAUAUACAGCAUAUCUGCAGUGCUCAGUGUUUUAGUAGAUUUCCACCCAAAAGCAGGUAUAUUAAAAGUGGAGUUUAUAGGACCUGGGAAUAUCACAGCAUGCCUUCCUGCUUGACCACGGUAGUUCAAGUGUCUCAGUCAUGGCAUGCUUCAUAGGCAUUAUCUAGCCCAGUCCUGUGGUGACUAAAGAUGGUAUUUAAUACUGAUUAAACAGGAAAAAAGGAAACUUCUUUCAUUUAGCAAUUUGCAAAACCCUGCACUUGUCCUUCUAUAUGUUCCUUGCCUAGGUUGAUCUGCAUAGUUUCACUAUUUUAAUAAAAAUUCCCUCCAACUUAAAACUGUAGAAACUCCCAUUCCAGAAAAAUGGACUGAUCCCUCUAGAAUAAUGCAAGCUUCUUAACUGGAAUCUUCUCUGUGUUACAUGUUAUUUUCGUAACAAGAGUCCAAAUAAACCAAUGGGGGAUUGGUGCAUUCUUUUGGGGCAACCUGUUAGGCACAACAGUUCCACAAAAUCUGUUCAACCUUUUCAUAUGAAACUGAGCAAACUUGAAAAGUUAGAGGGGCUUACUAGUCCUACAAAUGUUACCAGAUCUUACAAAAGAUCUUUAAUGGCACUUUUUCUGUUUUAAAAAGCAACGUUUCAAUAUGCCCAGCACAACCCCCUUAUACCUAGUUGACUUAAAGUUAGGAGGCUUCAUUCCUUUAUCAUGGGAUGGAUAGUCUACAUUCAGAGGGCACCCAUGGUGCCCAUCUCUUCACCAUUACACUGCUUAUAUUCAGUAACAAAAUGGCCCAUUUUCAGCAUUACUUGCUGAAAUGAGUGGAAGUAGAAGCAGGGGGCCUCUGGGAAAUAGCCCACUCCCAUUUCAUCUCCUGACACCCUUGCAAAAGGUCUUAAAUUUGGUCCUGUUGCUACCAGAUUUCAGUGAUGUGAUUUUUGUGAGGAAUUUGAAAAGCUUCCAAUUAUGGGAAUAGCAUUGUUUGCCCCCCAGAGGCUUCACCCACCAAUUUCUACACUCCCCAGCUGAAUUUAUGUUCCAUCCUUCCCUUGCAGCCCUUAAGGCUAGGAAAGUUGUGCACCUCUGUCUUACAAGAACCUACCAUUCCUGCAGUUUUCAUGAAGUUAUGUUAGAAAGACGAAAGAUUCUAAACAGAACUUGAUUUCCCAUUGCACUCAGUGGAGACAUUGAGGUUUGCAUAAUUAAAUGAAGUUUCAUACUCAGGUCCCAAGUUGAACCAGCCAGAAUUGACUUCUUCUGAAUUGGAGCCCAAAUUAAAUCUUACACUAGCUACUUAAAAGCAUGUUACUGUGUUGCAAACUGAAUACUGUAGAGAUAAACUCAUUUGUGAUUUCCCAUUAAGUCCAGCAUUAUCUCACACACCCUUCAUGUAUUCUCAGGUUUCCGAAUAACUAUAGGAGAGUAGUAAUAAUUGGUUCACAAUAUGCAAAACAGCUACAAAAUUACCGCAUUGGUCGUUUUGAGUGCCCAUUGCGGAGUGAACAGUUUAUCCAAGUUAAAAGAUUUUCACUCGAUAGCUGUCACUUCAGUUGAUCUUGAGGACUGACCACAAGUGGCAUUCUUAGGGGAAGAGAAAAGCUAUGUAGCUUUAUGGUUUGCAUGUGACUGUUGUAAUAGUGUGUGGUAUUGGUGGGGUGGGUACCCCUCCUGUCCUGGCUAUGUUUUUGUGUUCUUUUCUGUGACGAAGAUUUAUUUAAAAGUGCAAUAUUUGAUUGAUUGAAUGACUGCCUCUAUUUGAAUAGAGUUUACUCAGGUUCGGUAUUUUUCCUGUUUGUUCUCUGGUUCAUGUUCUUGUGCAUAUAAUUUUCAGAAGCCUGAAGAACUCCUGUGGUAGAGUAAUCACAUUUACUCUGUUACUUUCAGACUAAAAAUACAAUGAUCUACUGAAACUCUCAGCUGCAGAGUAUUUUAUGCAGUGGAAUACACACACACACACACACUCAUGCGUACGUUGCUGUAUGAAUGUAUAUAUAAUUGCUCUGUUUUUGUAUUAUGCUGCUGUAGUUUGUAAUGGAUAUGAUUAAUGAAAAAUGAAGGGUUCAGCAUUAAAUUAAUGUUGUUGGUA